AAACACUCACUAAAAAGAAAAAAGAAAAAAAAAAUUCUAAAGCUUAUCAGUUUUCGUUCUCUGCUCAGUUUCCUUCCCCCUGAUCUCAAAUCCUCGCUCUUUCUCCCGCUAAAAUCUAUUCCACUGUUCCGAUCAGUUAAUUUCUCGUCUGCUCUCUCCAUUUCUUAUUCUUAUAGUUGUACUCAAUUUCUCUCCCACUUUUCAAGUCUCCAUUAGGCUUGAGAAAGAAAAAUUGGUCGAUGUUCAUGAAGUGAAGGAAUUGGAAAUUCACCGAGCAAGAUUUGUUGAGAUCUCAAAGUAAUUGUAUUCGACAGCGAAGUAAAACCUAACUCUGGUAUUGAGAGAAGUCGUUAGAGAAUCUUCUUCGAUUUUUGGUUAGACAUCUUCCAUUCGAUGCAAGAGAAGCUGGCUUCAACUCAUUGUUAACUACUACAAGAAGAAUCAGAACAAUUGCCACAUUUAUUAAUUUCCUAGUUACAUGAUGUAGAUUACGUUGCUGCUGUCUCAAUUGAGUGCUACUGCUGUCUAUCAGAAAUUGUAGAGGGCUUCUCUGAACUCUUUGAAUUCAAAUUCAUGUGUUGAACAGAACUUGUUGGCAUAUUGUAUUUGAGGAUUUCUCUGAGCUAUUCUGACUCUAGUUCAAGAUGGACUUGAACAUGAACGGAAAUGACAAUUCCAAUCCCACCGCCGCCGCUGCUGCGGCAACUGAUGGAAGUGGCAACAUCGGUUUGGUCAUAUCCACUACCGAGACAAUCCGAUCAUUCUUAAUGACAGCAUCUACAGACCCUAAUCUCCCUCAAGACUUGAGAGACCUGGCUUCCUCCCUUUCCCCUCACUCCUCCCUUUCCUACAAAUCUCUCAAGUCCAUUUGGAUCGGAUCCGACCCAAAAACUCGGCCCAGCCUCUUCCGUUUGUUCUCUGGUUCAAAUUUCAUUUUCACCAGCCCAAAGCCUAGAGAAAAGAGUGAGGAAUUGAAAGCGAGGCUAAGGAAGCUGGCGGAGGUGGCGGAGAAGAAAGAAUAUGAGGAAUUGGUGAAGGAUAUUACGCCGAAGAAGGGCGUGGAGGAGCCUUUUUCUUCUUACAAGGAUCAAUUAGGACUUGGUUUGCAUGUUGCAGUUACUAUGUUUACUGGCUAUUUGGUUGGAUAUGCUGCAUUCAGAGCCCUGUUUAGCCGCAAUGUUGGAAUGAGCGCUGCAGGAGGCAUCCUUGGAUUGGUUGGUGGCAUGCUUGUGGAAACACUACUUUUUAUAAUCCGAUCUACCAAUCAGGACCGACGACCCUCUGCUUUUGUGUCCAGGAUAAAAAAGGAUCAGUAACUUCUCCACAGCAAGGUUUUGCUCUUCCUAUUCAAUUUUCAUUUUGUUGUUUCUUAUAUUUUUGGUGUUAAUUGCAUAAAAUGAAAGUUUUUUCGCAUGUAAUACUGGUCAGGUGGUCGUGAAAAUUAUGUGACAUUGACGAAGAGGUUUGUCUUUGUUCAAUGAUAUUCUUACUGUGUUCAAGGUAGACGAUCAUCAGGGUUCUGGUUCUGUUCCUUUUCGGUCUAAAUUCUCUAAUUGUGUCCUCCCCAGUAUGAUGUUAAGUAGACCUAGGUGUAUGGCUAGGACUAGGAAAGAGGACAACAUCUCAAAGUCUAGUUGUUAUGGUCAUUGACAGCCAUGCAAGAAACAUUAAAAAGCAACAGGAUUAAAGCAAACAAUCCGGAAGCUAGAGUGAACCUUUGCCUUUAAUAGGUUGUUAUUCAUUUGAGCCAUUUAGUGUAUAGAAGAUUUUGAUUAUCUUUUGAGAGAAAUAGGUGCAGUGUGCAAGUACUAGCUGUUAAAAUCCCUUCUCAGCACGAACCUUGUGGUCUGCUCUAUGUUGUUGUUACACUCUUUUGACAGUAGAGAAGAUGAUCCCUCUAAUAAGGGUAUCAUUCUUAUCAUAAAUGUUAUGUGUAAUCAUGAGAUUGCAGCUUGUUUCAUCACCAUACCAAUUUUCAUAUACUCCUGCAUGGUUAGUUGCUUGUCUGCUUUUCCAAGUACAUAUCAAUUUCGGAUCAUUAACCUCCGAGGUUGCAGCUUUUUUAUUCAUCAUACCAAUUUUCAUAAACCCCUGCAUGGUUAGUUAGUUGUUCUGCUUUCUUAAGUACGUAACACCCUAAGGAGGUCCAUGCCAGUCCUUACUGAGUUUGAGAUUGAAGGCAUCAAAUGUUGCUGCAGAUUGUCCUUGCUAAGUUUGAGAUUGGAUUCGAAAAAGGAUUUAGCACCCUUUUUUUUUUUGGUUUUGGAUAAGCAUUCAAGACCUUUUACUUAUAAUCCUUCUUAUCUGACCGUUCAGUACAAUCCUCCGUUGAAAAAAGUGAAAACUAUUAUAUGCUCGAGUUCUGUCAGUUCUAUCUUCAAUGUCUCAAUUGAAGAUGAAAAGGAAACAAAGCGCAACAAUUGUGGGAAUCAACUGGGAGUAAAUGGAGAUAGUAACAUAACAUUUAUUACAUUUAAGGUUAUUAGGCUUGAUUUCACCCCUUGGAAAUAGGCAUAGGAGUUUAGAAGAAACCCAAAAAUUGAAAAUCGAAAGUUUCCUUCCUAAAUAAAAAAUGUGCCGCUGCAUGUAAAGGAUAUUGUACCAUUAAAUUUUCAGAAACUUCUUUAGAGAGUUAAAUUAAUUUUUGACGCAGAUGUUGUCGUCGAUAAGUUUUCAGCAGAAUGCAAAGCGGUACAGUUAAAGAUUUUAUAGCUGUUGAGAAAUGUUUGGUCUCCUUAAUUGGAAUCAUUUGUCUUUUCUGAGUGAACAAUUCUAGACUAAUAAAUGUGGUCUUAUCUUGAUUCCUCUGAGUGAGUGCAUGCAAGUCUUGUCUACUCCGAGAGUGAAAAAAAAGACAGAAAUGCAAAUAGCGUAAUCUGGUGGUAAAUUCGCAUAUACGACUAAACUGGAAAAAGAUGAUUAAUAAUUCGCACUUGGCAUGAUAAUUAUGCUCCUGAAGACUAAGUUUAGUUAAUGGAACUUUUUUUUAAGGAUAUUUUUCUUUGUAAGAGUAUGGAAGGAUGACUAAAGUUGAGACUCGAGAAACUGAAUUUAAAUUCUCUUUCCUCCUCCUAACUUCUUAAAUCUCAUUUUGUUUUCCUACUAGAAUUCUUUUUUUAAAAUAAAUGAUUUCCAGGGAAAAAUAAAUGGAGAAGAACAAAACAAAACAUAUUCUUUUCAAUUUUUAAAAAAGGAAGGCUUGGAAUUGAUUUCACUAGAGCAGUUGUUUUACUUGUGUUGAAUGGGGUACUCGUUAGGAUGAAUUUUAUGUAGUAUUAAUUUUUGAGAAAAAUAAAAUUACAUUGAAAAGGUGUCUAAAUACAAUAAGAGACAGCAAACAUGAAACUAUGCAUUCACAAAAUCACCUAUUAAGUAUAAAAUAGGGCAACUGCAUUGGAAACCCUUCGCGGGAUAAGAUGAAGAAACGGUUGCUCUCAACAACAGAAGAAACUAGAAUAGAAAAAUCAUAGUCCGCCUACCUACAAAUAGCGAUUUUAAAUCAUGACAUAUCUAAAUUAUAGACACAAAUAUGAAAAUCUUUAAAAUAAAAAAAAAAGAUGAAUUAUCCAUUAAGUUGUUUUUAUCGUUUAAAUUGUACAUUGCUUUUUAUUUUUUAAUUUUUAUUUUAACGUAACGGCAUAUCUAGUCUAAGCUAACUUGCUCUUACUCCUACUGGGGGAGCCUACUCUAGAAGGUGGCUUAACUGAGUCGGGGAAACCUAAUGGGGACUGAACCACUAUCAGACCAGACGGAUGCACCACAUGUAUCACGCAUUCGUAUGAAUUUAGAACAAAUCUCAUAUAGAGGCAUAUUGAUGGUAGGCAAGGUUUGAAAACCCUUGACCUUCCACUUUAUAAUUAAUGUGGUGAUUAGCUCCCUAGAGGAAGUUGGUUUAAAUCGUACAUCGCUUAGUAUAGAAAUUUUUUGUUGUUGCUUUUUGGUAAUCAAGGAAACUUGAUUCCACUUCAGAUCACAUGGUUGAUAGUCAAACUAAUAGGUAAAUUCUUCUUGGCAUUCACGUGGGAGGCCGGCCCCCAAAACCACCCCAAUCAAAAGGAAGGAAGCUCCGAGACUCAAGUCAAGAAAGGAAUGGGGCAAGCAUGGGCAAAGGAUAUAUGAAUAGAGAACCCAAAAGAGAAUAUGGGGAAGAAAGGGAUGGAUCGCAAUGUAAGGAUCUUUGUUUAUCUCUACUGUUUUUCGAAAGCGAUUCUCCGUUUCAUUUUCAUCGUUCAAUUACCGGAAAACAAGAGCACAAUCUAAGUGCCUAAUGAAUGUGCUAAACCCUGCCUACCCAACUGGGACGGAAUUGCUUACAAAUUUCUGAAUGUAUUUGGAUAUGUAUUUCUUUUAAAUAUUAUUUUACUUGGAUCAU